UUAAUUAAUUCCUUCGUUUAGUCGUCCAAGAGUUGCUAUUGUACAUUUUGUGGAUAAGAAAUAUAAAACAGUAAACCCUACAAGAAAAGCUUAAGUUUGAUGACAAACACUAUUUGCUUGUUGACUAGCUGGUUUUGUGGGCUUGCUUAUGCUAUGAUGAUGUGGAUGAUGAGCUCAUAGCAUCAUAAUUCCUUCUUACUUAAAAAAAAAAACAAAACAACUGUUUAGUUGUACUCAUCUGUGGUAAAUAAAACAUGCGCACGCACGACUACAGAAAAUAUAUAGAAAAACAUCUAAAAAUCUCAACGAAACAGACACAGAAACACAGUAGAAAUGAAAAACUAGUUUGGAGCAAAUAAACAUUCAGUUUUCAUGGGGAGAAAAUACAUUUUACGGAAUUACUUGAGUUAGUUGUUCGUGGUUACGUGUUACGUUUGCAUUAAACUCAAUGAAAAAACGCUGGAAUUGAAAUUAAGCAAAGAAAAUAAAAAUUGUCAAGUGGUGGUGUUAAAUUAAAUAAAACAUUAUAAAAAUCAUAUAGAAAAGGACAAAUGAUAUAUAUUUCCAAAUAAGUGCAUACUAAAUUGAAAUAUAUAACGUACAAUCAAUUCUUCGGUAAAUAAAUUUCAAAUAUUUACAAAGUCAAUCUUAACGACAACACAAAAGUAGAAAAAAACUCCUCCUCAUCAAUUUUUCAAUGGCUCAGAGUUCUGUAAACAGCAGCAGUGGAACAACAGCAGGUGGUGGUGCUGGUGGCAGCUCAAUUUCAAUGAAAUCUGGUUCGCAUAGUAAUCUAACUGUGACUGGCAGUAGUACAAGUACACCUGUACGUAUUGCUAGUUAUCAUGGUCAUGUUUCGUCGUCAACGGGUAACGACUCACCGACACCAUCAUCGACGGCUAGUUUAAUGCAACAACAAAGUCCACAGUAUCAACAAUCAAGUAGUGUGCCAUCGUCAGCUGGUGGCGUUGGUGGUGGUGGUGGUAGUGUCGUUGGUCAAUUGGGUCAAAGUUCAGCUUCAUUAAAUAUGGGCAUUUCGACACAGCAGCAACAACAAUCAGCAUCAACAAAUGCCAUGAGUACAAGUAUAACACCACCAAAUAGCGCUGGUUUACGUCAAUCGGGUGCUUUUGAAUUCAAAUUUAUGAGACGUACAUCUUUAAAAGUUCUUAUGCCAAAAUUAUCAUCCCAAGAUAGUUUAAACAACAGUCCAGAUCCAUCAUCACCAGGCAUUGCCAAUUGGGCAAGCGAUAGUCGGGACAAAUAUGAUGGCAAUCAAACAGAUAAGACAUCAACAGACACAUCUAAACUUAAUCGUAAAGAAUCCUAUAAAGCGCAACGCAAAAACUAUAGGCGUGAAAAGAAACGUGUCGCAUCUGAACUGUUAAAUUCAUUGCAAGAUCCGGCUGUGAUUGUAUUGGCAGAUUGGCUAAAGGUUCGCGGAACCCUAAAGUCGUGGACAAAACUAUGGUGUGUCUUAAAGCCGGGCUUAUUGCUAAUUUAUAAAAGUCCUAAGACUAAAAGUAGUCAUUGGGUGGGGACUAUAUUGUUGACAUCAUGUCAGGUUAUUGAGAGGCCCAGUAAAAAGGAUGGUUUUUGUUUUAAACUAUUUCAUCCUUUGGAACAAUCCAUAUGGGCACCCAGAGGACCCGAUAAGGAAACUAUAGGCGCCGUUACACAACCUUUGCCAACAGCAUAUUUAAUAUUUAGGGCUCCAAGUCAAGCAGCUGGUAAAUGUUGGAUGGACGCCUUAGAGUUGUCACUACGCUGUUCGGGUCUAUUGUUGCGUUCGAAUUCAACACCAGGAACUAAUCAAGGCACUGGUACCGUCGAGGCUUCUAUAUCACAUGAAACCCAAUGGUCCGAGGCUGAUUAUGAAAAACAUUUCGAUGAUCAAGAAAAAUUACACAAAUUGGUGAUACGUAAGUCACAAUAUCUCACAGUACCCGAUAUGGAUUAUCUACAUAAAUCACCACACGGCUCUGAAGUUAGUAUAGUAUCAUCUCGUACCCAAACCCCCUUAUUACAACAACUCUACUUGUCCAUGACCAAUUGGGAGCGUUUAGUUGGUUCAAAUGCUCUAGAGUUUAAUAAAAAGUUACGCAAACUACAUAAGUCGAAGAAAAAUACUGGUGGUGAUUAUAGCGAUGCAUCCAGUGUUGAUUUUUCACCAAAAUUAUCGACAUCUUUAAAGAUGAAUAAAAAACGUAAAACAUUCAAAGCUCCUCUAAUCAAAUCGCAAUCAUUGGGUUCGGUUCACACAACAACAUCAUCUAGCGAUGAAGAAUAUGAACCAAUAAUGUUACAGAAAAGUCUAUCAAUGAAUGUUGUAACAUCACGAUCUAUUAGUUGUCCACCCGAUCUUGAUGGCGAUAGUCAAAAUGAGGCUCCCACAGGUAUAAUGUCGGGCAUAGAUACAGAUUCUGAUUCGGAUGGCAAUGAUGUCAUUGGUGUCGAUAAUCAAUUGCAACAAAUUGACAAUGAAGAACCUAUAGAGACGCCAUAUAUACCAAUGCCAGAGGAGGAAAUAAAUACGCAAAGUGGUGAACAAGUUGAAGAAUUGGCUGAAGAGAAUAAAAGUUUAAUAUGGUGUUUGGUUAAACAAGUCCGUCCAGGUAUGGAUCUGAGUAAAGUUGUUUUACCUACAUUCAUAUUGGAACCACGUUCAUUUCUGGACAAGCUCUCGGAUUCAUAUUAUCAUGCUGAUAUAUUAUCAAGAGCUGUUAAUGAAGAUGAUCCUUUUACACGCAUGAAACUCGUUGUGCAAUGGUAUUUAUCGGGUUUCUAUAAGAAGCCUAAAGGUCUUAAGAAGCCCUACAAUCCCAUAUUGGGUGAAACGUUCCGUUGCUAUUGGGAACAUCCUAAUGGUAGUCGCACUUACUAUAUAGCCGAGCAGGUCUCGCAUCAUCCUCCGGUUUCGGCAUUUUACGUUACAAAUCGCCAAGAAGGUUUCUGCAUCAGUUGUUCCAUCUUGGCCAAGUCAAAAUUUUACGGCAAUAGCACUUCGGCGGUGCUAGAAGGUGUGGCUACGUUAACUCUCUUGCCGCGUGGAGAAAGUUAUACGUUAACCACACCUUAUGCCCAUUGCAAAGGUAUUCUCAUGGGUACGCUUUCCAUGGAAUUGGGUGGUAAAAUUAAUAUCGAUUGUGAGAAUACUGGUUACAAGACGGAGCUGGAAUUCAAGCUGAAACCUUUCUUGGGCGGUUCGGAUAGUACUAAUAUUAUUGCUGGCAAAAUAAAAUUGGGCAAAGAGACGUUGGCUACCAUUAGCGGUCAUUGGGAUGGUGAAAUGCGUAUUAAAGAUGGUAAAUCCGGUGAGGAUUCUGUAUUGUUUGCAGCCAAUCGUGAAACAAUGAAAAAGCGUUUAUUACGUUAUGUGGUACCACUUGAGUCUCAGUUGCCCAAUGAGUCCGAACGCUUGUGGAAUUUAGUGUCGGCCGCCAUUGCACGUGAUGAUCAAGUAGGUGCUACCGAAGAGAAAACCGUACUGGAAGAACAACAACGUAAUGCGGCUAAAGAGCGUAAGGCUACAUUCGCCGAAUGGGAACCGGCACAUUUUCAACAAGAUUUAAUUACUGGCAAGUGGAUUUACAAAUACGCCGAUCUAAGACCCUGGGAUCCUCGCAACGAUGUUAAACAAUAUGAAUGGGAUUAUAAAGUAUUAACUAAAACACGACACCAAGCACCCAUGGUGCGCACCGCUAGCAUAGUGAGUGUAGAUCCAAGACAAUCAUCAAUGGUUCUUAUGAAGGCUAAACGUAAAAAUAAAUCCACAGCAGCACUGGUCAGUAAUGAUCCAAAUAAUUCAGAUUCUAGUCAAUCACACGAUGACUUUACUAUAUGUGAUCAACCAGUUUCAUCACAAACUAUAAGAAAACUUAUGCUGGCCGUAGAUCAGAUUAAUAAAUCUUUGGAUGAUCAUAAGCGACAAUUGCUAUUGAUCAAUUCGAAAUUGGAGCGUUUGCAAUAUGCACCACAUAAUGCUAGCACACAAAGUCAUUCAUCGCUGUGGAGUGCCCUGCCCCAAUCACUGGUGAUUAGAGCUUCAGCUUAUGCAUUUGCAGCAUUAUUAGUAAGCCUUUGCCUUAAGUGGCUUUUAUAUUAAUUAGUUAACAUGUGCAAAAAUAAUGAUAAUAAUAUAAUUCAUAACAUAAAUAAAUUAACUUUUUCUAAGUCUAAACAAAAUAUAUAUAAAAAAAUAUAAAACAAAUAUAUGAAUAUUAUAUAUAUUUUUGCAUUAUUCCUAAGCUACAGGUUUUGCUGUUAUUGGCAUUUCGAAAUUAUUGGUAAAUUUCCAUUUGAUUAUUUUGAAAAUAAUUGUACAAGUGUGGUUUAAUACUUUUUUUAUAAACAAAAAAAAACUAAUAAUUUCUUUGUUAUAAUUGGACUUUUGAUAAAAAAAAAAAUAUAUAAAAUUAU